UGCACUCAGAGGGAGACAGUACUUCGGCCUGGACUCCUGUUCAGCAGCCCCAUUAAACUUUAUUCCUGGCGUCCUGCACUCUAAAAGCUCCUCGGGAUCAGGUCCUGACUCUUCUGCCCAUUAUGGUCAUUUAGAAUCGGUGCUUAUUGCACUGCAGACAGGCUGUCUUUAAGUAUUAAUGGACACAUCAGCAGUUCUUUGAAAUUAGCCCUGUAGUAAAAACGCUGUGCAUUUUUGCCCCAACCCAUUCUGUCCAGGUCUUACCUCCACUCUGCCUCUGCCUUCUAUUCACAACUCAAGCGUGGAGUGUAGACGACAAGAACUCCGGGACAACAACUCUCUGACUCCUAUACUGCAGCUUUAAACUACACAUGAUGUUUCACUGCUGAAGGAUUCAUUACUGCUAAGCCAUGUGACAUGCCAGCACGGACCUCCACCACCACCACUGUCCUUGAGAGCAAAGGAGGUGAGUCGAGUGCUCCAGCUACACGACUGUCCAAACGCACCGUGAUGGAUGAUCUGUACACCACUUUCAGUUCCCCUGUGGCCUGGGUACUAGUCCUGGCCCUCAUCAUCACCUGGUCUGCAGUUGCCAUCAUUGUUUUUGACCUUGUGGACACCAAGAGCCUGGAAGCCCAUACAUUAUACUGUGACGACCCCUGUUUGCCACCUGGACCUCAGGCGGCGCGUGCCAGGAAAGCCUUCAAGGAGGCAGGCGGCCUUAGAGGAGGUACUCAGCACAUGAGCAGAGAACCAGUGAAGGCAGUUCACGAAGCCAUGGAUGACUCCAGCGACUGGAUGAACGCGAUGUUGACCUUUGUGACUAAUUUGGUAACCCCGGAGGAGGAGGAGGAAGAAGUGGAAUGGCAAGCAGUGAAGAAGAAAGGAGAAUUCCUUCCAGCAAGAAAAAAAGUUGCAGCGUUUCAGGCAAAAGAAAUCAUUCAGAAAGAGGAAGAUGAGAGUAAGCUGAAGGAAGAAGAGGAGGAUGAAGAAGAGGAGGAGGAGGAAGAGGAAACUUCUGCAUUGGAGGAGAUGGAGAAGACAGAAGAGGGUGAAGAUGAAGAAGAUGAGGAGGAGGGGGAAAAGGAAGACGAAGAUGAGGAGCCUGAUGCAAAGGCUGACAAAGUUGAGGAUGAGGAUAAAGUCAAGGCAGAAAAAGCAAAAGAAGAGAAAAAGGCAAAGCCUACCAAAAAGCCUGAGGUAGAAAUAAAAGAAAAGAAGAAAAAAGAAGUAGAAAAAAAGACAGAUGAGAAAGAGAAAGAAAAGGUGGAAGAAAAGCUAAAGCCUGAAGCAGGGGCGGAAGGGAAAGAAAAGAAAGAAAAGAAGAAGAAAGAGGAGAAGGUAAAGAAAGAAAAAAUGGCAAAGGAGAAAGAAAUAAAAGAGGAAAAGGAGAAGAAAAAGGAGGAAAAGCCGGAAGUAGUCGAAGUGAAGAAGAAAAAGAGAGAGGGAGCAGACAAAACAAAAGUGGAUAAAACAGCUGCUGAGGAACAGAGAGCAGCAGCAGAUUCAGAAACAGAAAUAGAUGUUGAUGAAGAUGUUGGAGAGGAGGAUAAAGACGCCGAAAAGGUGUCCGAAUUGGAAGAAGAGGAAAAAACAGAAACCGAACCUGUUGAUGUGGCAACAAAACAAGACACAGCAGAACCUGCUGAGGAAGAUGAAGAUAAAGAGGCAGACAAGGAAGAGGAAGUCGUCACUGAUGAUGCCACACCUGAAGUUUCAGCUUCCUCUGAAGAUGAUAAAGAUGAUAGCGAAGAAGAAGAAGAAGAAGAAGAAGAAGAAGCAGUUCCAACAGCUGACGAAAAAGAUGAGAAGGAAGAGGAAGACGUCAAAGACACAGCUAAAGUGGACGCUGAGGAAGAGAGCGUUGAUGACCAAAAAGACAAAGAUGACCAAAUUGAAGACAAGGAGGAGAAAGAUGCUCUGAAGGCUGAGCAGGAACCCAGAGAUGACACAAUAAUUAUUGCUACUGCAACACUAGAACCCGACACCAAAAAACUAGAGGAAGAGAAAGAAGAGGCAGUGAAGGUAGCUGAGGUGGUAAAGAAGGAGGAAGUUAAAGCUGAAGAUAAGGAAACGUUAAAACCAGCGACUGAAGAUGAGCCCAAAACAGAGGCACCAGAGGAGAAAGAACAAGAAACCAGCAAACUGAAUAAAACAGAAGCUGAAAAGGAAGAUAAACUAAAAGAAUCUACCACCUGUGUGUGUAUGCAGCCGGAGCAACCCAUACUGCCUCAAACACAAGACACUAAGCCAGAGGAAGAAAAAGAGGAAGAAAUAAAGCAGCCAGAACAAAAGCCUGAACAAGCUGUGAAGCAGGUGGUGGAUUCAGAGUUCAGAGUUUUUUCAGAGAAAAAAGAAGACAUUGACAUCGUGGCCCCACUGCAGGAUCUCCCAGCAUGCCGCCCAACGCCCGUGUACUGCCCGGCUCCGCCCGGCUGGUACGUGCAUCACAUUGUCACAGAUAGUCCAUUACCACCGACGCCGGUGCGAGAGUCUCAGUUUGCUGCAAUAGCAACUCAUGCAGUCACGCUUCAAAGACAAGAUGCUGAUCAAAAGACACCAAAGCAAGCAACAAAAAAACAAGAGCCUCCUGUUAAGAAGAGAAAAUUAACACCUAUAAAGAAAGCCACUGUCUCUAAAGUAUUGAAAGCAAAGGCACCUGAAAAGAGAGUAAAACCCCAGAAAAGGAAAGGUCUUCUGACUCCCAAAGAGAAGCUCAGGCUGAUCCCCCAUAGACAAGAAGUACCAAAGCUGACCAAACCCAUCAGAUCAACUGGACCUACAAAAAGGAAGGCUAAAGUCAUGGAGAAAGGAAAAGAGAAGAAAGGAGUCAAGGACGUGAAGCCUGCAGUCGAGGAUAAAAUCAAAAGGAAGCCAACGAAAGCAAAACAACCUGCACUCCCAGCAAAAGUGGCCAGACCCAUUGCUGUAAAAGGUAAACAAGAGAGAAGACCUGCCAAACCUGCUCCCGAAAAGAAACAGCCUACCAUCAAACCUGCUCCGGAAGACAAAGUGGCUGAUUCAGAAGCAAAAACAGCUGCUCCACCUGCACCAACAAAAGAAUCCAAAGUUGAAGAAAAUGUUACAGAAGGAAAGAAGCCAGGCAAGAUCCCAUACUUCCAGUGUGUGCUAGUGGGUGGAAAAGCCAGCCAAUAUCCAUUACGUCCGUUAUCUCCUGCUACGACUCCUGCUAUUAACCCGGCCAUGAUGAGAGCCAUGAUGGAGCAGAGAGCCAGCGUGCUCGAGCAGAAAGCCCGGCCAGCAGGGCAGUAACUCCGAAAGGCAGAAUUUUGUAAAAUUCUUUAUGAAAGCUGCUGCUGAUGCUCUUACUUGCUGCUAGUCUCUUUAUCAAACUCUGAAUGUAAUGCUAACCAAGACUAAACACCUGAGAGACUUUCCUUUUAAUUCUUAUCUUAUGGGUUUUGGAGCCAAUAAACUAUUCCUUUCUAAAUGGCCAUAACAUAAUCCAUGGACAUUGGUAAAGAAAUGAUUAAUGGCAAAGCAGAAGCAGUGUUUACAUGACAGUAUAGUACACAGAAAUACAGAUGCAUUAAGAAUUACAUGACAUCACAAUAUUUAACAGUAAUAUUUUUCAGUAACAUUCAGGGCUGAGUUUCCAGAAAGCAUCACAAUGCGACAAAAAUGGCAGAGCGAGCAUCCCAACAAAACUCUCUCUACCAGUUAAAAUGAUCUUAAAUUUACAAGGCUUUUGAGAAACUCGCUCCGGGUCUGUUUACAUGUUGUGGACGUUUUGAAGAAACCUCGUUUUAAUAGUCAACAUAAGACUAUAUUACAAGGGAUAACAUUUAGACUUGAAAAUAUACGACUCAAUGAUUUGCUCUAUAAAUAUUUAUUUACUAUAUAACUAGGCAUUUGCCUCAGUGCAUUAGAGAGGCAUAGUAAAUUUGUUAUUGCUUUGCCUGACAAAGAUCCACAUGUAUACACUGGAGAUAUUAUCUCUUUCCACAGGCCAUUUCCUUUAUGUCAUUGUAAUACGAUCAGGUAAAGAGUUCCUGUAACAGCUAUCACAUUACCGGAGGUAACAGUUAUAAAAAUAAAUAUAGACAAGUCUGAAUCUGGAAGAAAAACAGAAGAGAUUCCUCUGUAAUGUCUCAGCUUAUUCUUCAUCUUAAUGUAGGUAAAUUAAUCAGUCACUAUUUUCAAAAUGGAAAACAAUUAACAAAUGUGAGGAUUAUAAGUCUGGUUUUAAUGAAAACAUGAAGAUUACAGUAAUGAAAAUGUAAAAUAUCUCCAGUACAGUAUGCGUUGUUAAACAUUUAUAUUGUAGUUCGUUUAUUGGUUAUACUUCCAAUGCAUCCAGUAUUCAUAAUGCAUUAUAAAGCCAUUUAGGAAUCACAUAACAUCCAUAACAUUCAUUAUGGAUGUAAGCUUAGCAGAUGAUGCAGCCUGACUUCUCUUCUUCUCGACUAAAAAACAGGCUUGUAAGACAUGCGAUACAGUAAACACGGGUGUUUUCAAAAUGUUUAAAUGCUUAAGAACUUACAGAGUAAGACUAUCUGCAUUGAGAAAACAAAUACCUGUAUUUCUGUAGAUUGUUACUAUAUUACAUGACAUGGAAGCCCAUUUUUUGUGUUUGUAGAAAAGGAGACGUUUCUCCUGUAAUCAUAUGCACAUACCUUACAAAUAAAAUUGUCACUAUUUAUUAUAUUUAUCUAUCUAUCAUAUUCAUAUAGUUUAGUGAUAUAGGUUAGCUUGGUUCAAUAUACACGAGAAAACAUCUCACACACAGCAUUAAUACGUAUUUAAUAAUAACCUUACUACAUAUAAAGACCCAUGUUAGGGAUGACUAUAAAAUAUGCCAUUUAUUAAUACAUUUAUAAUGCACUAUGACUAUAGGAUUCAUAGGAACUCUAAUUUAUAUGUGAUAAUAUACCAGAAUAUAGCAUUUAAGGUCCACUGAUCACAGUUAAGUGAUCUGUUUUUGGAAGAACCUGUCUUACAAUACACUUUCUUAAAUAAGAAAAUAUUUAGUAGAAGGUGUUUUGAAUUGUUACUAUGACCAAUAGAUUAUAGACAAUUUAAAUACGGCGGUCUGGUGUUAGCACGUUGUUUCCAUCAGCACUGUCACACUCCUGAAACUGUCACGUUUCCAUCUAAAAAAAAAAAAAAAAAAGGAGUGGACUUCAACUUGAUUUCCUUUAUUGUCUUAUUCAAGAAUGGACUUCCUGUCUGUAUACGAGGGGGGUCACUGAACUCAACAUAUCAGCUUGCAUGUUAAAGGUGGGUUUCAUAUUCACGUGGAUGGAUGAGGGAGGAAGAAAAAGUUGUAAUCUGUGGUUUAGACUUUAUAGAAUAUGGAAACGGCAGCACUAAUGCAGAAUGUAAAUGUAAAUGGAGGUUUUGAUAAUGACUGAGCCUGUGUGUUGUAACAGCAUGACUGAGAGGACGAAAGUAGGCCACAGGAAUAAUCUCACUGCUGUGUGCUGGUUUCUCCUCCUGAGCUCUGCGGAUGAUGGCUGAGCUUUAGGAAUUCCAGCCAUGAUUUUCUGAAUUGACUGAAGUAUCAGUGAAAAACUGGGGUUUUUAGGCAGAUUAUUUAACUUCUGAGUAUAUCUAUUUUUAAGAUACUAUUUUUUUUUUUUUCAAAUGUACAAUAAUUGUCAUUUUGUGUUUAUAUUGUUAUAUAGUGAGCAACGCUAUCAUUGACUAGGGGACACUCAGGAUUUUAUUUAGCAGGGAGAACAUUAAAUAUUUGCUGCUUUAGCUUUUUUCUUUCUUUCUUUCUUUGCAUGAUAAUAAUUUUGCUGUAUUCAAAGGGAAAUUUUGCUCUAUUCAAAGGGAUGCUGUCACAUUUUGGAUUGAUGCAUCAAUAACACAGUUUUACUCUUUCCCCUGAAGGAAAAAAUUCUGUUGCACUGGUGCAUUUUUUCCCCCUAAGAAUUGGAUGCUUUUCUUCAUGAUGUAAACCAUUAUUGUAUUCAGGGGGACUCUGAUUAGCUUGAACUAGUUCAAACAUGGCCUGAUUAUCCGGUCAAGAUUAUUUAAUGUAAUGCAAUACAAAAAUAAUGACUUAAUAGACUUAAUAGAAUAGGAUUUUAAAUGUGUCAAGAAUUUUGCCAUGGUCAUUCUAGGGCAAGGAAAAGAGGGUUUGUUUCAAUAAAAUGUAUUAAAAAAAAAAAUU